CUCGCUUAUCAAUGGCUAUUGUGUGACAGUUGCUGGUGUGAACCUGCAGGCAUCGCCAUUCUCAUUCUCAUUCUUAUUAUGAUGCUCAGCAGCCUUUCUCAAUCUCAUACACAUUGUCAUUUGGCUGGCUCUAAUCGUUCGCUAAGCUGUUUGGAAAACGAGGCAGCAGCAGUAGAACACAACUUUUGAUUAUUAGAUCGCGCAACAAAAGCACACAAAAGAGUUGAGAGAGAGAGAGAGAGAGAGAGACGCUUCUUCCGUUGCUGUUGCUGUUGUUGUUGCUGUAGUGGCUGCUAUCUGCAGUUUCCUAGGAAAGCGACAAACAAACAAGCCAAAAACUAAAAUCUUGACCACGUUUGCGAACGCAUCCGGCGAGCCUGAAACUUACACGUCUGCAGUCGUGUAAUAUGCAAACUAGACGGCGAUAACUGUACAGAUAAGCGUACAGCAAACCACACACACAAAAACGUACGUGUACAAAUUGCAGACACUGGUAGUAAAUGCAAUUUAUGUUGCAGGCAAGAUCCAGGAGCAAGAUCUCUCUAUGGCGAGGGUGGUAACAUGAGCAGGGGAGAGAGAUGGUAGAGACAGGUAAGCACUUUACUACCUGUGAUUCCAGUGUCAACACUUUGGCAGUAAAAACUUUUCGCGACGCCAGCUGUCAUCAGGGAUUAGCGGGUAAACGUUAGGUAAUCCCUUUUUUCGGGUCAGUUCGCAAAGGACGAAAUAUUCUCGCUAAUCCCUCACCUGUGGAACUAUCCUUACUACCUGUUGCAAUAUAUAAACUGCAACUUCUGAGCUAAGUCAUCACAGUCAUCCGACAAUCAUCAACCGAGCAACAUCUCAACUCAGAGCAACAGUUCUUCAACCGUUCAAACAUCUGAAUCAAGAUCAAAGUUCAAACAACAAGUUAUACAAAUUUGUGAAAUACCAAAAGUGUUCUAGUAAAAUCUAAAACAAGUUACUUUAUCAAACACCAAAUAAACAAACACCAACUAAUUUCAACAUGCUGCAAAACACCAAGUUCUACAAGCACGCUUUGGAUGCCCAGAAGAGGCAAUUGCCCGAUCCAUUGCCACCAAACUACAUUGACAACCUGCACGAGAUCUUCUUCGAGCAGAUCUUUGAGCGCAUCGAUUAUCUCAGCGAUCAGGUGAGAAUGGCACGUGCCUAUCCUCAAUUCCUGCCUCAGAUCCUGAAGAUGUGGCAGAAGCGUUGGCAUUACUGCAUCGUUGGCCCAAACACCGCAUUCUUGGGCCUGCUCGACAUCGAAGACUAUGUCUUCUUCAUGGAACAAAUGUCGCCCUACUUCACCGAGCUGCAUGUGCAUGAGGAUGGCGUUGGCGCCUUUGCCGAGUUCUACGAUUACAUCACACAUUUGUGCGACAUCAGCAUCAUGCGAUUCCCCAGCGUUGAGAGCUGUGUCCUCGCUGGCAAUCCAACCACAAUGUGCGAUGAGGACGUUCGUGAUCUGACUGCAAUGCUGCCCAAUCUGAAGCGUCUCACCAGCUGCAUGAAUCUCUCUGGUGCCCAUAUGCGUGGCUUCAGGAAGCUGGAACAAUUGGCAUUCAAGUCGAUGUACCAUUCAGUUCCUUUGGACAGCCGCUGGAUGCAGGAGAUCUGCCUAAGCAUGACAAACUUACGCGUCUUGGACAUCACGGAUUCCUUUGACAGUCAUGUGCGCCUACACGACAUCAAGCUGCCCAACCUGGAGGUACUCAAGAUCAAUCUGAGCACAGUGGAGAAUAUGGUGCCACAGAUACUGCAGCUGCCCAAGCUACGCAAAUUGGCAGUGCGAUUCGAUGACUCCCGCCAACUGAACGCCGACCAGGAGACCAUCUUCCAGCAGAUUAUCGUGGCGAAGAGUGAAUGCAUCACAAGGAUUGCACUGAACAAUGAGGUCAUCCAAUUGCCUGCCCGCUGGCAAAACAGUCUGCUGCUGGAGCUGCCCAAGCUGCGAGCUCUGGUCUGCGAGAAUUGGAAUCAUGAUGUGUUCUUCCUGGAUAGCAAGCACAUUCCCUGCCAUCAGAUGCAGGUGCUCAGCUUCAGUGGCUGGGAGAUUGUGCGCGAAAAUCAAAUGAUGGAAUUGGUUGCCGAAUGCCCGCAGCUGACACAACUCGCUCUCAAUGCCUAUCACAGCAACACCGACAAGCUGCAGAAGCUGGUGAACAUUCGUGCCUACGAGCGCAACCCGAAGCCGUUGCAAGUGUUCAGCGAUAUGAUGUGGAGCCAUCUGCAUCCCAACGAGUUCCAGUACUGGCAUCGCGACAACAAAUACGUGCAGGUGACCUGCGAUGGCAGCGACUACGAGUACCAGGAGGAUGGAUUCGAGUUUGACUUUGUCUAAAGGCCUCAAACUCACUUUAAUUGUACAUAUAACCCUUGGCAUAUUGUCUUGUAAAUAUUUGAUAAUAAAAAAAACAAAAACAAAAAUGAAACGCAACAGCUCUUUUUCUUUCUACAUCUCUUCCUUGCGAAAGUCUUUUGGUGUUCGCUUAUUUAUACUCAUUGCAGCGCUUUAGGGCCCCAUCGUCUGGCAAAUGGAAAAAUCAACACAUUUUAUGGCCAGUCCAAGAGAUUUAACUGUGCUUUGGGCCCAGACAACAACCACAGACAACUGGUUGCCAGCUCUAUUGGCAUUGGCACACAGCAACAACAACAACAACGGCAGCAACUGCAUGACCUCCACUCACUUGGCCAGUUCAUUUUGUAAAACAUAAAUUAUUUGAUUUGAUUGAGUCGGAAAAUGAGUUCGCAAAGUGCCCAAAGCGUUUGAGACUCUCGCAACCAACAAGACUCGCCGCUUGAGUGGCCACCACAUCCACCACUUGGCCACAUACUCACUACUCCAGGGUUGGGCCUGGCUCAAUCUUGUGUUUUCACAUAUGUGGGAAUAUAGGCAUGGAAAAUGCAACAUUGUUAUGGCAGUUACUCAACACCAAUUGCCAACAAUAA